UUUCAAUGUUAGCUUUAGCGGGUUUGUUAGGAUGUGGAUUGCCUCAAUAGUAGAACAGAUAUCUUUAGGAGGAAAACAAUAUGCGUAUGGGUUAAAAUAAACAACUAGAAGCAAUUAUUGAAAUAUGAGGACGAACACAAUGAGUAAAAAAAAAGUAUGUUUACUAGAGUGUCCUUUAAAAAGGCUGAAAACAAUGAGCCCUAAAAUUUGUUUUAACAUUUGCUGAGAUAACUAGGUGUGUGUUUAAAUAUUAAAAUAUUCUGGAAUUGUCAAUAUUUUCAAGAUAAUGUUUGCAGCUGGAAUUGAAUCAAGAAUAGAACAGUUAAAAGAAUAAAGCAGUAGAACAUUUUGUAAAACUAACAACAACAAAAAUAAUACUAAUAAUUUUGCAUUAUUCUACAUUUUACAUAGUUCUUCAAUAGGUGAAUGAGCACAAACACAGUUAACUAUGCCAAAGAAAUGGCAAUGUACCUAAAGUGUGAACUAAAGAUGAUAUUACUGUAGAUGUAAAACAGAUAUUGCAAAGAAAAUUAGAGAUCUACACAAAGACACUUACAUGAGUUCUUUAGAAUAAAAUUUAAAGAAUAGAUAAUCACAUAGGGACCAGACACUUUGUUGUAUUUAAUAAGUACUGUAUCAUUAGCGCUCUCCAGUGUUAGAAACCAGGAGAAGGGAAACAAGCGAUCCUCCCAGGAGAGACACAGUCUAAUGCUGCCAUUUGAGGCUUUUCCUUGAGAACUGAAUGUUCUCAGAACCUGUGAGGAUCGAGAACACAGUGUGAAGACGAAGAUAUUUAAGAAGCAGUGACUUACUUCAGGAGCACAUUCAACGAAAAUGGUGCAAGUGUUGGAUUUUACCUUUCACUUUACCAAUAUACGCAGUGACCACAGACAAUGGGUUGGCUCAUCUGGAUGCGUAUGUCACCGCAGUGACCUUUGUGAAUGUAAUUAAUACAAACUCAAGAUCUGAGGAUGACUGGUCAGGCAGCAGAGAGGGAUCGCUCACCCCACAAUCUCUCAGUCAAGACAAGUCUGGAGGAUGAGAUUGGGAGAGCUGAAAGUAUUCUGAGCAGGGUCCCUUCUGUUUGUGAUGACACUUCGUCAGAACUGCAGAGAGUGGCUGCUCUUGACAAUCAUGGAACAGGUUCCCAAAAAUCUUUUCAGAGGAAUGGAGCCAUAUCAAGAUUGGUAAACCUGGUGGUGAGACUCAGAGAAUGGGCACACAGGAGUCUGGUAGAGGAGGAGAGACCAGACUCAUUCCUGGAGCGAUUUCGUGGCCCUGAACUGAGAGCUGCCUCCAGGCGCAGCAGCGUCACACAAGACGCUAAUGGCAACAUUACAAAAAGGAUUUUAAGGAAAAAUUGGGAAUUGUUCGUGGUUUCGCCAUCUGAUGACGCCUACUACCGGUGGUUGUUUGUCAUUGCCACCGCUGUGCUGUACAACUGGUUUCUUGUUGUUGCCAGGGCUUGCUAUGAUGACUUACAGAUACAAAAUUACAUCUGCUGGCUGGUGCUGGACUAUCUUUCAGACACUUUGUACAUUUUGGACACCUGUGUUCGACUGAGGACAGGUUUCCUGGAACAAGGUUUGCUUGUGAAAGACCAUGUCAAGCUCAGGGACAGCUACACUCAUACACUGCAGUUCAAGCUGGAUAUUUUGUCCAUUCUGCCUACUGACUUUGCGUACUUCGCCACCGGUAUCCACACGCCACAGCUUAGGUUUAAUCGUUUGCUACGCUUCCCACGAAUGUUUGAAUUCUUUGACCGCACAGAGACGCGCACUAACUACCCCAAUAUCUUUCGCAUCUGCAACCUUGUGCUUUACAUCCUGGUCAUCAUCCACUGGAAUGCUUGUAUCUACUAUGCGAUAUCCAAGUCUCUAGGCUUCGGCUCUGACGCAUGGGUGUUUCCUAACAGCUCCAGACCUGGCUUUGGGACCUUGGCUCAGGCUUAUGUCUACUGUCUGUAUUGGUCAACUCUUACACUGACUACAAUUGGGGAGAUGCCUGCGCCUGUGCGAGAUGAAGAGUACCUUUUUGUAGUUUUUGACUUUCUCGUUGGGGUCUUGAUUUUUGCCACAAUUGUUGGAAAUGUGGGCUCUAUGAUUGCCAACAUGAAUGCCACCCGUGCUGAAUUUCAAGCAAGAAUUGAUGCCAUUAAACACUACAUGCAUUUCCGAAAAGUCAGCAGACACCUGGAAACCCGGGUCAUUAAAUGGUUUGACUAUCUUUGGACCAACAAAAAAGCAGUUGAUGAGCAAGAAGUGCUAAAGAACUUGCCGAAUAAACUGCGGGCUGAAAUUGCUAUCAAUGUACAUCUAGAAACCUUGAAAAAAGUACGCAUCUUUCAAGACUGUGAGGCAGGACUGCUGGUGGAGCUAGUGCUCAAACUUCGACCACAGGUUUUCAGUCCCGGAGACUACAUCUGCAGAAAGGGGGAUAUAGGUAAAGAAAUGUAUAUCAUUAAAGAGGGCAAGUUGGCUGUGGUGGCUGAUGAUGGGGUGACACAGUAUGCUCUCCUGACAGCCGGCAGCUGCUUUGGGGAAAUCAGCAUUUUGAACAUAAAAGGUAGUAAAAUGGGAAAUCGCCGAACAGCCAACAUUCGCAGCUUGGGCUAUUCCGAUCUCUUCUGCCUGUCUAAGGAUGACUUGAUGGAGGCAGUGACUGAAUACCCAGAUGCUAAGACUGUACUUGAAGAGAGGGGCCGUGAAAUUCUGAUAAAGGAGGGUCUGUUAGAUGAGAGUAUAGAGGGCGGUGGGAUGCAGAAGGAGGACACGGAGGAAAAAGUGGAGAGGCUGGAGUCUUCUCUCGACACCCUUCAGACUCGGUUUGCCCGUUUACUUAGUGAAUACGCACACACACAGCAACAGCUGAAGCAGCGGAUCAGUUUAUUAGAGGGACGGCUCAGCCCCCCUCAAGUAAACUGUGGAGCAGAUGCCAACCGUGACACAAUUUCUCAUCCAGGGGAAGUUCAUGAAACACAGCCUGUGACUUUGGUCCCCACAGAUGGGACGCAACAAAAGAACGCAGUGAAAAUAGAGGACAAAAGUUGUUCGACAUCAAAUCAUUGACUUAAUGUAAGUGAGGAACAACUGUGUACUUUUGAUUCACAUGUUAUGUCUAUGGAGCAGCUCUCUGUUACUGAAGCGAGAGUUUCUACAACUACACACUGUAGACAUUUCAAGGAAGGGACAGUGGACGCACACAACCAACUGUGACCUCUGUUUUUAACCCAUCACCACAGUGAGCAGUGGGCAGCGGGUGUGGGGACGGGGCCAUGCUCAGAGCACCUCUCGAACUCGAACCUGAAACCUUCCGGAGCCAAGUCCUGCUUUGUGAUAUCAAAAGGAUUGGAAUAAUCCUGCAUCUACUCAAACUCAAAAACCAAGCCCAGCUGCUCUGUUGAUGACCGCGCAGCUGCUCGUGCUCGGACGGCAACUGCUACAUGGCUUAUUGACGCACGCAGAUGUUCAUGUCACUUAGCGUUGUGGGGCUUGACUCCUCCGUGGAACACGUGUUGUCGUCAUGUAACACCAUUUAACAGCAGACCUUGGUUUUGUAAGCAUGAAAUCAACACGAGUCGUUAGUUACGAUAGUAGUUACUGAGCAGUGUGGUGUCCUUUUCUGCUACCCUGUGAUUUUAUAUUGUGUAUAUAUAUAUAUGUAUAUUUAAACAUAAAUAUACACACAUACAUAAAUAUAUACU